ACUAAUCGAGAGAUCCCCUAAAAAAAAUCGACAGAGAGGUCGACAGAGCCAUGGAGAGAGAGCGCCGCCACCGGACGCCGGCCACGGUGCUGCUGGCUGCCUAGGCCCGCUGCCCGCCUCCACCCAGCCUCGCCUUAUCCGCGCCCGCUUGCCCCGCCUCGCCGCCUGCUAGUGCUAGGUCAGGGACUCGCCCCAGCCUCGUCUCGUCAGGGUUCAGCAGACGUCAGGAACUCGCCGUCCGCCUCUGCCCCGAUUGGCGACCGUCUCUCUCCCCCGACCGGCGACUUAUUAUGGACCGGAGGGAGUACUUCAAUCUAUUAUUGCAUAUAUGCUGUCUUUUGUUAUGGCUAUGUAUUAGUAUUACCUUACUACUUGAAUAAUUGUGUCCUUGGAAAUUUUGAGCUACUGUCUCGGCCAUUGGUACUCUUUGGCAUAACAUGUGUGGCUUGUAAGUAAAUACUAUGUAUGCUUACGACAAGAAUUAUUGAGAUUUGAUAUUGCCGGAUAGCAAGGGAGGCCGGCGAGAUAGUUGUCGUUUAGUGAUUUGAACACAUGCCAACCUCUGUGUAUUUGUCCUCUCCUCGGUCUCCUCAUGCCGGCCGGCUAGACUACUUAAUAUUACUAACUAUAGGUCUAUUUCUAAUGUAGUGGGUGGUACUUAAAUAAAUUAAUACUGCAGCACAUGAGGUCCACCGGUUCUUAACCUCUGUCUAAAGAAAUGUUUCAUAUGCUCAGUGUUAUCAAACAACUCUUGGUACAAAUUCAAUCAUAUGUAUAUACGAAGACAUGGCACUGCAACCAUUUUUGUUUUAGUUACAAGUUAGAACUCACAAGUCAAACUCCCUUUACUGCCUCCCUGCAAUGCAAGAGAUGUGCUCUCACAUAUUGGAGGUACAAAAUCCGGUCUUGGUGGAUACAUUUUAUAGGCAAAUACCGUGACCUAAUCACAACUUAACUGUCUGUUUCAUUUAAGUAAGAGAUAGUCCAGAACUGCAAGCAAUUGAUGAUGUGAACCCAUUGGAAAUGAAAUAGUUGUAUGUAAUACUAUUCGUAGAUGAUGUGAACAACUUUACCAACCUGCUUACGUCCUAUCUAUUGCUAGCUAGCUACCACUCCUAAAGAAACACCAACUUGCACAAGACCAGAUAUAGUUUUAGAUUUAUGGACUGGACCAUCUGCCGGUACCUAUGGCUUGCAGGUUGCAAGUCGCUGGUAGAAGGUGCAGGCAGGGUAGUUUGUACGCUGUACUUUGAAGCUGAGCUUCCAACUCUGUAAAGGGGAAUUGCCUCCUCCUGAGCUUUGACUCAAAAAUCACAAUACAUCCUUGUUGUGCCCUCAAUCCAUACCACGCUCGCCGCCGUCGAUCCUUGUACGCCGCCGCCAGUUUCUCCAGCCUCCCAUCGGCCAGCCAUGGCUAAUGGUACUGGAGUUGUAAGUUGAAGGGAGAUUCUAGGAGACGCAUUACUCAGUCAAAACUCACAAGGCUGACUAAUUCUUGCUGAUCCAGUCUGAUCAAGCGUAUUAAUUCAGUGUGAGGGGGCAGAAGCAAGGAGCCAUGGCCGAGUCUGCUGUUAGCACCGUGCUUGGAAGCGUGGGCACCCUUGAAGUGUCCUUCUUGAAAGAUGAGCUGAUGCGGCUGCAGGCCUACCUCAAAGAUGCUGACACGAAAUGGAGAUCAAGAAACGCAAGAGUUGCUGUCUUGGUGAGCCAGAUCAGAGAUGCAGCUUAUGAGGCUCAGAAUGUCAUCGAAGCUGCAGAUUACAUGAAGAAGAGGAACAGGCUCAAGAAGGGAUUCAUGGGUGCCAUUUCAAGGUAUGCUCCCUUACCAAGUGACUUGGUUGCCCUUCGUAAAGUUGGUGUUGAGAUCCAACGCAUUAAAAGGAAGCUGGAUGAGAUUUUUGUAGGUGCAGAAAAAAUGAAAAUUGAUCUGGAUAAUACUGGUUUAGUUGAGCAUGAGUUUCCACAAGAUUUCGGUGUUAUGCAGCAACACUCUCAAGAUGAUGUUGUCAUGGUUGGGUUUGAGGAUGAGCACAAAGAAUUAGUGGAUAAGUUAGUUGAUACUAACAAGAGCAUGCUUAGUGCUGUCUCCAUAGUCGCCAUGGGUGGGGCCGGAAAGACAACACUUGCCAGAAAAAUAUACACUUCAUCUAGGGUCAAAGAGCACUUUGACACAAUUGCUUGGGUGACUGUGUCUCAAACAUUCAAGGGCAUUGAAUUACUAAAGGAUAUUAUGAAACAAAUAACAGGGAAGAAAUAUGAGUCACUUAAUCAAAUGCUUGAGCAUGAGGUGGGAAAGGAGAUCCAUGAUUUUCUGUUGGAAAACAAAUACUUGGUAGUUCUUGAUGAUGUGUGGGAAACAGAUACAUGGGAGCAGUUAAACAGAAAAGGUAAAGCCUUUCCGGAUGCAGCCAAUGGUAGUAGAGUGUUGUUAACCACAAGAAAAGAAGAUGUCGCAAAUCAUGUUCAAAUGCCAACCCAUGUUCAUCCUUUGAAGAAGUUAGAUGAAGAGAAAAGCUGGAAACUUUUCAGCAGUAAAGCUUUACCAUCAUACAAGAGGUCUGUCAUACUUGAUGUGGAUGAGUUUGAAAAACUUGGGAGAAACCUUGCAAAGAAAUGUGAUGGAUUACCACUUGCACUUGCAGUUUUGGGGGGUUAUCUAUCAAAAACUCUAAAUAGGCAAGCAUGGUCCAGCAUACUUUUUGAUUGGCCGUCAACCAAAGAUGGGCACAUGAUGCGAAACAUACUAGCUCGCAGCUACAAGGACCUGCCGAACCAUUAUUUAAGGUCUUGUUUCCUCUAUCUUGCUGCUUUUCCUGAGGAUUAUGAAAUAGAUGUGGCUGAUCUUAUUAAUCUAUGGAUAGCUGAAAGCUUCAUUCCAUACACACCAAAUUAUAAGCUAGAAGAAACAGCAUGCAAGUAUCUGACCGAGUUGGUUCAGAGAAGCUUGGUCCAAAUUGCUAGCGAAACCAGAGAACUUGGACAGGUUAGUAUAUGGAUUCAUGACAUCUUACGUGACUGGUGCAUAGAACAAGCAAGGGAAGAUGGUUUUCUUGAUGUCAUUGACAAAACUACCGGCCAAUUUGGUGCAUCGUCCUCGGAUAAACUUAUAUCUUACCGUUCUUGUUUUCAAAAUUUGAGUGACGAGAUUUCACCUGGGGCACCUAAUGUCCGAACUCUACUUUGCUUUAAACUCUCAUCAGUGUCCCUUCCUAAGCUGAGAUUCCUGAGAGUCCUCCGCAUUGAAGAUUCCAGACUGGAAGGUUUCUCUAGAGUGAUUGGUAGGUGCAUUCACCUAAGAUACCUUGGGUUGUUAAAUGGUGAAGGCGUGACACUCCCUUCAUCAAUUGGACAACUCCUUUACUUGCAGACCAUAGAUCUAAGUGGAACAGAAUUGGACUCGGUGGUGCCAAACUCCUUGUGGGAUAUCCCAUCUCUAAGGCAUGCUUUCCUGGGGAGAAAUUUGUUUUCUCCACCACCACCCGCAUGGAGUCUGCGUCGACAGCAGCAGAAUAAGCUACAGACCUUUCACUUAUAUCGUACACUGGUUGGCACAAACUGGUAUCAUGACAUGGUGAUUUUCGUGGGCCAGAUGAAGCAACUAACAGGACUCUGUAUUUACUUGGGUCCCAUGCCUGCAGGGAUGGUAAACAUAUUUGCAAACAUGCCCCACCUGGUUUAUAUUUUUUUGGGUCAGUUUGAUGUGCUAGAUAAGCUGCCUGAUAAGUUCCCACAAAGCCUACAGAGUGUUCGUCUAGAUGCUAAUGUGAUUGAACAAGACCCGAUGCCGAUCCUGGAGAAGCUUCCAUGUCUUGUAUUGCUCGUUUUGGAGGGUUAUCAAGGCCAAACCAUGACCUGCUCUGCCAAAGGGUUUCCUCGCCUGCAAAGGUUGCAACUUGGUAAGUUCUCCACGGAGGAGUGGACGAUGGAGGUUGGGACAAUGCCAAAGCUCUCCCGCCUGCAACUUUUGUGGUUCUCGAAGAUGAUCAAGCUUCCCCAAGGAUUGAUGCACCUUCUGUCCCUCUAUAAUCUUGAAUUGCAUGGUAUGCCUCAGAUUUCUGAAGAUGACAGCACACUAAAGAAGCUGCAGCGGAAAGGGUGUGAGGUUAAACUUAUUUCUUAGCUCAAACGAACGAGCAAGAUCGAACGAAGCGUAUUUCUGCUCUGCAGGAUGAAACGAUCAGCUCUACAUAUGUAUUCUUAGCUCUGCAUAUCUCCCUCAAAUUUGCUUCAUUGUGUCUCGCACUGCUUUUAUGCAGAUCAAAUGUCUGUAUGUACAACUAAUUGUUAAGUUGUGUCUUCAUUGUUGUCUUGCAAAGCUUUUAUGCACACGCAAUGUCACUUAUUUUGCGCUCU